AUGCCUUAUAACAUCGCCAUGGUCAGCGACUUCUUCUUCCCUCAGCCCGGAGGUGUCGAGAGUCACAUCUACCAGCUGUCGCAAAAGCUCAUUGACCGUGGCCACAAGGUCAUCAUCAUCACACACCAGUACGAGGGUCGCACUGGCGUCCGUUACUUGACCAACGGCCUCAAGGUCUAUCAUGUGCCCUUCUUUGUCGUCUAUCGCGAGACUACCUUCCCUACCGUCUUUUCCUUCUUUCCCAUUUUCCGCAACAUUGUUAUCCGGGAGAAGAUCCAGAUCGUCCACGGCCAUGCCAGUCUGAGCAGUUUGUGCCACGAAGCCAUCCUGCAUGCCCGCACCAUGGGCCUGCGUACUGUCUUCACUGACCACAGUCUGUUCGGUUUCGCCGACGCUGCCAGCAUCCUAACCAACAAGCUCCUCAAGUUCACCCUCAGCGAUGUUGACCAUGUCAUCUGUGUCAGCCAUACAUGCAAGGAGAACACAGUCCUCCGCGCUUCUCUCGAUCCUCUCAUGGUCUCGGUCAUUCCUAAUGCUGUCGUUGCAUCAAACUUCCGCCCUCUACACCCCCAGGAUGCCACCCAGCCUUCGAUGCGCUCUGCUCUGCCACCCCCGCCGCCUCAGUCCUCUCAGCCACUUGGCCCUAAUGACACCAUCACCAUCGUCGUCAUUUCUCGUCUUUUCUACAACAAAGGGACCGACCUGCUCAUUGCUUCUAUCCCGCGCAUUCUCGCUUCGCAUCCCAACGUGCGUUUCAUAAUUGCUGGUUCUGGCCCAAAAGCAAUCGAUCUCGAGCAGAUGCUUGACCGCCAUAUCCUCCACGAUCGAGUAACCCUUCUGGGCCCUGUGCGUCAUGAAGAAGUUCGCGAUGUCAUGGUUCGAGGUCAUAUAUACUUGCAUCCCAGCUUGACUGAGGCUUUUGGAACCGUCUUGGUAGAAGCUGCUAGCUGCAACUUGCUCAUUGUAUGCACCAGAGUCGGCGGCAUCCCAGAGGUACUCCCUGGCCAUAUGACAGUGUUUGCGAAACCCGAAGAAGAUGAUCUUGUGCGUGCAACCAGCGAAGCUGUUGGUUUGUUGAUGGGACAAGAUCAGAAGCGUACUGUUGUCCGCAGAGACCGCUUCCAUGAGCAAGUUCGCAUGAUGUACAGCUGGUCUGACAUUGCUCGCCGUACUGAGCGUGUCUACGACCUGAUCACUGGAAAUGAAGAGCAUGUCUACAAUGAUUUUCAAACGGAUCAACAAGACUCUAAAUGGCGCCACUAUGGGAAACAGGUCUCUCCGGCUUCACAAUCAUUUGCCUUGAUCGACCGUCUAAAAAGAUAUUACGGUUGUGGAAUUUGGGCUGGCAAACUGUUUGUGCUAUGCGUUGUUGUGGAUUACCUACUAUUCGUCUUCCUCGAGCUAUGCUUUCCUCGCAGCAAUAUUGACAUUUGUAGGGACUGGCCGAAGAAAAAAGAGGCAGUCAGUGCCCUUGAUGCAGCCAACACUGAGAAGAAUUCAUCGAAAAGGACUCGGGCCGCUCGAGAUGCCAGCCUGGGAAUCACCAAGCAAACUUCAACAUGA